CAUGACAGUUCAACCGAAAGACAUUGACGGAUCCACUCCGCAGUCCCCCACUCGUCACUCCGCAGUAUCAACUGGCCUCGGCCGCUCAAAUCCCCCACUCCGCAGUCCCCGACGACCGACGGGCCACGGCAGAGCCACCAGACCAGCAGCCCCAGCCAUCGAGCAAUCGAGCUGCUCCAUGGCCUCACCAACCCGAGCACCGGCGCCUCCGCCGGCGGUAGAGCCCAUCGCGCCUUCUUCUCCUUCUUCAGAACACCCGCCUGUCAAACCCUCUGACGGAUCCCUCUCGCCGGAGAACCCAGCCCCAGCUCCACCUCCUCCUCCUGCUACUUCGCCUCCUCAUACUCCCGGCGAUAGCUCUCCUUCCUCAACUCCGCAUCCCUCGGCGCCACAGCCUUCUCCUCCUUCUCCGCCUCCGCCUCCGCUUCCGCCCAGCGCUGAUGUUUCUCCUCCUCUCCCGCGAGACGGCCAGACGUCACCGCCGCGCCCACUGCCCCCUCCCUCACCCGCUCCAGUAUCAACGCCUACUCCAGCGCCGGCGUCCUCGGAAGCCAAGUCGGAGCAGGAGGAGGCGGAAUCGGCUAGCGAAUCUGGGAGCAUGACGCUAGCCGUCGUUCUAGCCCAAACUGAAGAGUCGACGCCGCGGAAGGCCUCCUCGGCCGAGGCGUCCCCAGCCGGAUCGCCGCAGAAGGAAUCGGCCGUCACCAUCGCGAAGCUCCUCUCCGGCGAAGACCCCGCGGCGACGGUGGCGAAGGCCACGCCGGACAAGGUUACACCUCCGAGCGACACUGGGUCACUCUCCGCCGCCGCCGCCGCCACUGCCGUUGGGGGAGUCGGAGGCGGCGUGGGGUCCAAGAGGUGGCUCCUAGGCGGCGUCCCGGAGAAGGUGCGGCGCGCGGAGCUGAGGAGGGCCGAGCUAGGGUUUAGGGUUUCAGCCGCCGUGUUCUGCCUGGUCGCGCUCUCCGUCAUGGCCGCCGAUACCACGACGGGCUGGUCCGGCGAUUCCUUCCGCCGCUACAAUGAGUACAGGUAUGUACUAGCUGCAAGCGUCCUGGCUUUUACCUACUCUGGAUUCCAGUUGGUAGCCGAGGUGCAUUACCUUGUCACAGGGAGGCGCAUCAUUCGAGCCCCAUUCCGCAGCUACUUCAAUCUUGCCAUGGAUCAGAUGUUAGCUUACCUCCUAUUGUCAGCAUCUUCAGCAGCACUUUCUCGUAAUGAUGUUUGGAUGUCUCGGUUUGGAGGGGAUCAAUUUACCAAACUGAUCAAUGCCUCAGCUUCCAUGGCAUUCCUAGCUUUCAUUGCUCUUGGACUCAACUCAGUUAUAUCUGCUUACUGUGUCUUCAGCUUGGUUUCAUAGAGCUAUCGUUGUGCAUUGCAUGAUGUGAAUAACUUCCUGUAUGUUUCUUUGGUCACUGAAUCUUGAUUCAUGUGAAAUUUCUACAUGAUUUCUGUGAAAUCCCUAAGUUCCAAAGUGGGUGUAAUCUCUACAACUUGGGCAUAUUGUAGCAGUACAUUGAGUCAAGGUUGGCUUUUACAGUAAAAAUUUGAAGUGGCUGUACCGAGGUUUCA